AUGGCCUUUCAUGUUGCUUGCCCAAUUACAUGCCGGAGGAUAUGUUUCUGCGCGCUAGGGUUUCCCCGGAAGCUCCGUGGCGAGAAGGGCAAGGAGGAUUUCUUGGAGGAGGUUGCUAGGGUUGAGAAGUUCUUGAGCGACCCGUGGUUGAUCAAGGGGAGGGAGAAUGCGACGAUUCAGGUCAAGGUUCCCAAGGUUGUUGCACCGCCGGCCCCUCAGCUUCCUCUGCCGGCGCCGCAAUUGCCGCCACCCGGAUCGGUGGCGGGCGGAGACGCCGGAGAUGAGGCAGCACUGGCGGCUUCGGCGCUGGUGAAGAGGGCGGCGCUGCAGAAGCAAGCUGCUGCGGCGUCGGUGGUGGCCGAGGAUUAUGCCAGGAAGUUUGAGUCCGGUGAUUUGAUACAUAUUUCUGUAAAGGAUGCUGCUGGGGGGGAGCAAGGGCAGUCAACUUCGAAAGUAUUGUGCCGCCUAUGCUUUUCUGGUGAAUAUGAUGGAAGUGAAAGGGCAAGAAAAAUGCUACCUUGCAAUACUUGUGGGAAGAAGUAUCACCGGAACUGUCUGAAAGCAUGGUCACAAAACAGAGAUCUUUUUCACUGGAGUUCUUGGACUUGUCCCUCUUGUCGUAUGUGUGAGGUCUGCAGAAUAACUGGAGAUCCUAAUAAAUUCAUGUUCUGUAAAAGGUGUGAUGGUGCAUACCAUUGUUAUUGCCAGCAACCUCCACAUAAGAAUGUUGGUCAUGGACCUUAUUUGUGUCCAAAACAUACCAAGUGUCACAGCUGUGGUUCUGCUGUUCCUGGAAAUGGCCUUAGCGUAAGGUGGUUUUUAGGCUAUACUUGCUGUGAUGCAUGUGGAAGAUUGUUUGUGAAGGGAAAUUACUGCCCUGUUUGUUUGAAGGUCUAUAGGGACUCUGAAUCAACUCCCAUGGUGUGCUGUGAUAUCUGUCAAAAAUGGGUGCACUGUCCCUGUGAUGGGAUCAGCGAUGCAAAAUACAUGCAAUUUCAAGUUGACAGAAAUCUCCAAUAUGUUUGCCCUACUUGCCGUGGAGAAUGCUCUCAGGUUAGGAAUCUUGAGGAGGCUGUUCAGGAGCUCUGGAGACGAAGAGAUGAAGCUGAUAAGGACUUGAUUGCCAGCCUGAGGACGGCUGCUGGUUUGCCCUCCCAGGAAGAAAUUUUCGAAAUUUCACCUUUCUCUGACGAUGAAGAGAGUGGACCCUUGAUAAAGAGUGAAUACAGUCGUUCUUUGAAACUUUCUCUUAAAGGUUUGGGCGAUAAAUCACCGAAAAAGGGCAAGGAGUCUGGAAAGAAAUCUUCGAAAAAGAAGUAUUGCAAAAAAAAGGGGAAUGAAAAAUCUCUGACUGGUGGAGAUGAAGGUUUACAAAGUCUUAUUGGGCAUGCUGAUCUUGCAAGUGGACCCAAAAUUGGUGAUGAUAAAAAUGAAGAAAUGCAAUUUUCUGGUGAACCUGCUAUGCUAUCUCCUAUUGCUGGAAGUUUGACUGAAAGCAUAUCUACAGGAAACGAGGCAGCAGCGUCAAAACACAAAUAUAUUGAUGAGGUGACAGCCACCAAUGUUUCUAAGGGGUCUAGAACUAUUAAGAUAAAGAAUAAUAGAUCAAGGGACCCAACUAAUAAGGAAGAUACUGGAGUUAGUGGUGGUUUUCCAAAGACGGCACUGGGACCCAAGCUUGUUAUACAUUUGGGAGGACGAAGUAGAAGUGCAGCUGGCUCGUCAAGGUCUGACUCUAGGAGGGGGACGGAGUUGACAUCAGUUAAAGGACACAAAGCAGACCACACUGACCAAGCGAAAAGUUCGAAACUGAUAAAACUCAAGAAUCCCAAUUCAGAACUUCCUAACACUAGCUUGAAACUCACUGCAGGAGAAUUUUCUGAUGUGUAUGAAUCUGUUUCUGCAAAGAAGGCAAAUUCUCUACUUGGGAAAAGAAGUGGCCAGGACAGCACACCUGCAAGGAGUGGGUCGGAAGCCCCAGUCAGCAAAAGGACCAAACAUUCUUCAACAAGACAUGUUGAUGAUGCGUCUGUAUUUGUUGACACCACAGGCGAAGAUCACGGUGUAUUGGCCUCAUCAAGGGAUCAGAAGCCUUCGUUGAAGUUUAAAAUUCCAAAGAAUUCUAGUAGCGGAUACCAAAAUGUUGCGGGUAAUUUUGGUACCGGAAGUCAAAAUUCACUGUUGCUUCGUGGAAAGGAUGACAUAACCUACACAAGAGGUCAGAGGUCAAAGAGGAGGAGACCACCAGUAGGUGACGAGGAUGGCGGGUCUCAAUGGCGUGAGGACAACACGAUGAAGGAAUUUACGGAUGCCAACUGGGUCCUGCAGAAGUUAGGAAAAGAUGCUGCUGGGAAGAGAGUAGAAAUACACCAGCCGUCCAAUAACACUUGGCAUAGGGGCACAGUAAUUGAAGUCUCCGAGGGUACAUCAGUUGUUUCCAUUGCUCUUGACGAUGGGAAGUCCAAGAGCUUUGAACUGGGGAAGCAAGCAAGCUACUUCCAUCACUCUGUGAAACCCAACCACACAAAAAAUCUGGAGAAAUCGGUAAUGGAGUCGACACGAGAAAAUGGCAUCGUUUGUGAUGAGAAUGGCAAAACCAAUGCUCCUCCAUGGACCUUCGCUACGAGUUGGGUAGUAGCUCGUGGGUCUACCCAGGCUUCCGUCACGGUUGACUCCUCCGAUUACCCCAUUGAUGAGCCCGACCCGGAAAUUGCGGCCCGUAAUUCGCCUCUUCUUCUCAAUCCGUCGCUUCCUGAUUCUGGCCCUUGCGACAUUAAGAUAUGUUUUGGUCGGAAGUAUGACGUCAGUCAAAUCUAUGUUCGGAGCACCGCUCGUGUGUAUGAAGUCUAUUAUGCCCAUUAUCCAAAUAGUAGCAGUGAAUAUCUUUGUACUGUUAAAUGUGGUGUUGCCGAAAGGGAUGGAAUAAUACUGCAAACCAGUUGCAUCGAAGAUGUUGUGAAGGAGCAUGGUGAGUGUCUAUCGGGUGAAAUAACUAAAGACAGUGUUGCUGAUGGGGAAACUAGUGUUUCUAGUGAGGAUGAAUGGGUUAAGAUUAAAGUACCUGAGGUUGAGAGUAACUCCAUGCCAGACAAGGUUAAUACCAACAGGAUGAAAAAUGUGCAGGAUCUUUAUGAGGCUACAGCGCAGAUAAGCGAUGCAGAUCCUUGCUCGGUGCUUACAAUUCGGUUGCUGUCUCUUCAACACAAAAGAAAUGUGUAUGUUGAUGAGAUUUAUGUGUUUGCGGACCCUGUAGAGUCAACUGAAGCAGGAAAUGAGACGGUAUUGGCAGGAAGCUCCACUCAAAGUUCUCUAAUGGCCAUGUUUGUCCCAACUCUUUUGCAAUUGUCAAAAUCAGGUGCACACCAUGUUGAAGACAAAUAUACUUCUGUUAAAGGGUUUAAGGAUAAUGAGAUGGAUGCUACUGGUAAGGGGUCCAGGGAUAAUAAGAUGGAAAAUGGUUCCAAAAGGAAUGAUGAAAGUGAUGUCCUCUCACAAAUAAACCGAGUUAAUGAACAAUAUGCGAUGUCAAAAGAACUAGAGAAGGAUAUUUUGGAAGAUCCUGUAACAAAAUACGUGGAGCCUGUAAACAUGAAGGAUUCACCUCCAGGACGCCUUGAAAGAGCUUUGGAGCAGCUUAUUUCACGAGUGAGCAGAGUGGAAGAUAUUUGCCUGAGGUUCGAAGAAAAAAUGAUGAAGCCCAUUGAAAGCAUAGAGGCAAGGCUUCAAAUGGUCGAGCAUCAACUUCAGAAACUUACUGAUAAUACUAACCAUUAUGCCUUGCCACGUGGCACGAAAAUCUGUGCCCCUACAUUUUCAUACUGUGAAUCAAAUUCAAGCUCAUUCAACGCCGAGCAAAGCGAUUUACCAGCUUCUAGGGCAUCAGAGCUUGAAACCAGGAGUUUGUUAUGUAAUAACACGGCCAAGUUACCCCAUGACGCAAAUUUUCUCCCUGGUCUUAUAGUUAGUGCACCUGAGUUCCCAUGUGAAGAAGAUGAAGAAGACUUUGAACCAGCCAAGGAAUCUCCUAGUGUGGAACCAAAGAAAGCUUUGUCAGUUGAUGAUGCUUUAGCGGCUGCCCUUAAUGGGUUUUUAUCCAGUGCUGGAAUUCAUCCAUCCGAUUGUCAAGCAUCUUCAGCCUUUUCUGGAACAGUUGAUGAGGGAAACAAUCAAGAAGAUACUGGUUCUAUCACAAUAGAAGUAGAAGAUUUCCUAUCUGCAGAUAAUGUCAAUGGAAAUUCUUUGCAGCAUGGCCAUGGCUUUACAUGUAGGGCUCCUGAAUUCGUUGAAGAGAAAAACAGCAAUGAUGAAUAUUUGAAUUAUACCCAGACCCCUUUGGACACAGAUUCCGAAAUUAAGAAUGAUGAAUGUGAACGAGGUGAUUUUGGCAAAAAAUUGAGUGCGCACGACUUUGAGUCGGAAUCUCAUAUUGGCUUCCCUGCUGCUUUUGAAGAAAAUAAAGUAGAUGGUGACUUUGAAAGGGAUACUGUUUUCAGUUCUGUCAAGACUUGUAUUGAUGCUAAACCUGACCUAGACAAGGGCUCCAUGGAAGCUAGGAAAAAUAUGAUUGGUGGUAUUUACGAUGAAACAUAUCCAGGGAAAACGGCUGAUUCGAACCCAGAUGAUGGUGAUGACUUGAUUUUGAAGCAGGGUUUAGGAGAUGCAUCAGCAAGUAAACCUGAAGAUCCAGAAAAACAUGAUAAGAUUCCAAUUGUCUCUGACACUUCAUCUUCUUCCAUGUUGGACUUUGGGUUCCCUAUUUUGGAAGUGAAAUUCACGUCUGACAUGUCUGCCAUUACUAAAACCCCCCUUGAAGCUCUUUUAGGUGGAGAAAAAGAAUCUGAUACCGAAGUCCUUUCUGCUGCCGAUGUUUAUAAUGAUGAUGAGAAUAUUGAGCAUAUUAAUGGUGAUGUUGUGGGUGGCAGUGAAACGACCAACUUUUUGCCUAUUAAGGAUCUUUUGAUAGAUACUGGAGUUUCUUCUAUUGCUGAUGAUGGCUUGGAGGAUGGAUCUGACAGAUUGUGCGAUCCAAUCACCCCGCAUAUGAAUGUGAGUCUUAUUUGA